AUGGUGGGUCUUCAAGCAUGGCCAUCAGAGAUCCUCAUGCCAAAUGCAGUGCAGAGCCCUAAGGCGUCGAAGGAUCCAGUGACCCCACGCCAGCGAAAGCAGGCACAAUACGCGUCUUCAUUCUCCAAUGAGGGAUCGAUGGUGGCGGACCAUCAGAAUCCUGGAGAUCCGAGCAGACAACUGCAAGUUAGCACAGACACACAGAAGGCUCGCGCUGCUCCGGUCAAGGUGAGGGUCUCCUUGCCCAGCCCCCGAGAUUGCAAGGCAACCAUGCUUCAAGGAAGUGGCGUCGUACAAGUCACCGAUGGCUCGCCGAAGAAGGGUGGCCUGAGCUGCAGCACUUCUCCCAAGAAGAAGGCUUCUGUGCAGUUCUUUGUGGAGGAUGAGCCAGCAGAAGUGACGGCGAAGAGGGUCGAUCUGAAAACGACCAGCGAAUAUUGGACACAGACGACGAAUAUGAGCACGUUGGACACGCGAGGGGAGUUGAUCCGGCACAAGGAGGCCCGCGAUUCUUGGACGCAGCUUAGCUCUGGGGCACGAAAACAGCGUGAUCUGGUCUCACAAGUCUUGGGCGGAACUCCAAAGUCACACCCGACUUCUCACUCACAGCCGCCGCGCCUGUCACCGCGCAGCUCGUCGCCUCGCAAUUAUGCGCUUCACGAGACCAGGCUUCCCUUGAGCCCCAGACAGCAGAAAGCCAAUGAGAUGGCCACCUCGGAAAGCCAACUGAAUGGUUUUGCCGUCUCUCCGACGUCCAAGUCCCUCAGCCCACGCAAUGCGGCCAUGAAAGCAAUGCGUGAUGCGGGCAAUGAUGGCUUGAGGCGAAGUAAUAGCCAGUUCUCCGACCUGACUGGCCGGGUUGAGACCUCUCCGCGAACCCCACGGCGGAGUGAACUGCAAGAUACAGCCCAAGUCUACUGGAUGAAUCCCAGUACUGAAAAAUCACGACUGAUUGCAGAGCGUCAGGGGAGGCGCGAUGAGGAGACGACUGGCAGCCUAAUUCACCAAAGUCGAGAGGACGUAGAAAACUGGUCUCCAAGGUCAGUGCCAGAAACUCCCCGACAGAAGAAGGUUUGGGAGGAGGAACGGUCCUGCUAUGAUGCUGCGUCCUGGAAACAAGCAUCCUCGGAGAUUGCCCGACGCAGGCGCGAUCUGAGAGCCAGCAAAUCGAUGGGUGCCCUCCCUGAUGCCGGUGAUGCCCUCUCACCUUCUGAGAGGAAAAGGGUGCAUUUGGCCUCUGGUCAGAUGCGCGAGGGAAUCGGCGAUCUGCGCGAGAAGCACGAAGACAAAGCCAUUGCUCCCGGCUGGGUGUCGCCACGGUCACCACGUAGCACAGUCAUCGAAGCACCUCUUGCAAGCAAUCGUGCUCUCAUGAAUCAGCCUAGCAUGUACCAGUACCGGAACCUGCCUGCAAACUCCCCCAGGGCCCGGAAGGUGAGAGAGCAGACUACAAGCAUGGGCUUCUUUUAA